GCUUAUCUGUUAGUGAUCCAUCUAGGUUGUUCCUGCCAGUGGAACAAAUCUGGUACAAAUGGUUCAAGAUAUUGUUUAGUUAACAUACUUUACAUUCAGGUGAAGAACUGCAGAAUAAACGUCUCUGUCAGGGAGUGCUAGGCCUGAUGUGGCACUGUUUUACUCUUGAACAACCAGCUAUGGGGCUUUUUUCAUCUUGGUGAAUGAUUUAUAAUUCACUCACCUAACUACUCAAUUUGAUUCAGUGCUGUUGUCCUUUUAAAUUGUGCACAUUAAAAUAACUAUAUUAAUCUAUUUCUGUUUAUGGUGAAUCUAUUUUGAAUGUGAAUUUUUUAAUAUUAAUAAAAUUAGAGAUGAUAAAUCAUCAUAACAAAAUAAGCUUCCGGAGGUUUAGAGUUUGGUUGAACAAACGUCAAAUAAAACACUUUCUAUUUAUACUUUUAUUUUUAAUUGCCUUCACAAUGUUAUGUGGGCUUUAUUUCCACACUUUCGAAUACCAAAGGAGCAAAGUAGAGAUUGCCAUGAAAGAAGAAACACAACAGAAUACAGUUAAGGUUACUUCUUCAUUAAUACAAUUACGAAAUACUAUAAAUUACAUCAACACAAUGCAAGAGAUUAAAAAUUUUGAUGGGAACAUCACAGAUCGGACAAUAAUUUUAGUAAUUCAGGUUCACAAACGCAUAGCUUAUUUACGAGGUUUGAUUGAAAGUCUUCGCUCAGUUGAAGAUAUAAGUUCUGUUAUUUUAAUAUUCAGUCACGAUUAUUUUGAUGAGGAAAUAAAUAAAUUAGUGAAUUCCAUUGAUUUUGCACCAGUUAUGCAAAUAUUCCUGCCGUUUAGUAUUCAAUUGUAUCCCAACGAGUUUCCAGGGUUAAGCCCAAAUGACUGUCCAUGGAACUUAAGCGUUGAAAAGGCCAAACAGCUGGACUGCCAGGGUGCCCAGAACCCAGAUCAGUACGGACACUACAGACAGGGUGAGGUAACCCAGAUCAAACAUCACUGGUGGUGGAAGAUCAACAGGGUGUUUGAUCAAUUAAGGGUCACUGACAACUUCAAUGGUUUUGUGUUGUUCCUGGAAGAAGACUAUUAUGUUGCUCCCGACAUUCUACACACUCUUCGACUCAUGGUCAACUUUGCUGCCGUCAACUGUCCAUCUUGCAACAGCUUUCAUCUUGGCACCUUUACUAGGAGUAUGUCUUAUCAGGAGCAUGCAUCUAAGGUGAGUGGAGGAGAGUGGAACAACUUGGGCUUGUCAUUCAACCGAUCGUUCUGGCAGAUACUGAAAGCUUGUUCCCCCACGUUCUGCACCUUCGAUGACUACAACUGGGAUGGAAGCUACCAGUUCGCUGCUCAGCAAUGCUUCUCCCAGAAACUAACCCCUCUAAUUGUUCAUGCAUCACGAGUGCUUCAUGUUGGUGACUGUGGUGGUAUGCACAACAACCGGGCAGGUUGUGAUGCUGACAAGUCUGUACAGCGAGCGAGAAACUUUGUGAAGUUGGUGCGUCCAUUUCUGUUUCCCAAGAGUCUCACAAUGCUCUCUACAAACUUUAAACAGCCACAAGCCAAGAGGGGAUGGGGAGGCUUUGCUGACCCUCGAGACAUCCAGCUGUGCCUUAACUUUAGCUCCUUAUCUAUCCAGUUAAUCCCUGACUCAUGAGUAGGGAAUAAGAAUUUUUAUUGAAUUUAAAGUAAGAGUAUUUAGAUAAACAGUGCCAAGAUAUUCUAAGGAGUCAUGCCCUAAAUAUCAAAUUGGUUUAAGUGAGCUGGAAGACUCACUAAAGUUCCAGGACUGAUUUAUAAAGAAAUGUAUUUGUAGAAUAUACAGGUUAUUCCUUAACAUUACUCUCCUUGGAAAGCUAUACAUUGCUGCUAUUACUAUUUAUAUUGCUAGAAACACAUUGGAAACAUAUCUGCUUUGAUGCUGCUCCAAUGAUUUUUCUUUAACUUUGAGAACUGAUUGAAAGUCCUUAAGUCUUUAGUUUUGAAAUAGAAAAGAGUUUUUAAGAGUCUGGGAAAAGAUGGUCAUGGAAUUUCCAUGCAAUAACUGCAGAUAAGUAAUAAACAGAAAUGGUGCAAUGUCCAUUCCACUCCAGUGCCACAGGCACAGUUUAGGUUACCUCAUCCAAACAGAUUCACAUAAUUAUCUCAGGGUUUAAGAUAGCAAAAUAUCACUAUUUUACUCACUUUGUCGAAGAAUGUUAUAGCAGAUUAAACCUUUUCAGUUAAAGAAAGCCAUGAACAUAACUAUGAUAUUGUAUAUGACAAAUUUUUAGAAUUUUGAAGAAUUGUAUUCCAAUGAACCUUUGUUUCCCACAAACCCAUUUCUCUUUCCCAAUACCAACACUUAAAAACAUUUUAAAUAGUUAUUUGCCAUUUCAAGAAGUUAUAUAAUGCACUUAAAAAAUGCCAGUCAUCAAAAUGUUUUAAAAAUGUAGGAUUUACAAAUUAGUCAGAAAUAGUCAUAAUAACCACUGAUGCCAUCUACACCUUUCUGCUGGAACGUAAUAGAAAACUUUCUGGAACUUUAUAACCACUCCUUGUAUUGUUUAGCUACAAAAAAAAGGCAAAGCAAGAAGUUUCUCACUGUUGUAUAACAGAUGUUAAAAUCAUGAGGGAAAUGGUCAAUAAUUCAAAGGACUCAAAGCACCCACAACAAUAUAAUAAUAUAGUGCAAUUGAGUAAUAUAUGUUGUCAUUUCUCUACGCUUCAUUUAUUACAUAAAAAUAUGUUUUUAUGAAAAUGUUUGCUAAGAAAGUCCAAAUAAUUUCCAUAAAUUAAAAAUUAUUCUUUUUAUUAUUAGUAAAAGUAAUUAUAAAAUUAAAAUUGUCAUCUUUGAAAUACAUAGUAGUUGUGUCAAAUAAGAACAAAAGCACAAAACUGACUAAAACGGUGUAUGCAUAAUGGAAGUACCUGUGAAAAUAAGAUGUCAUAUAUUAGAAAGCAGGACUGGUCAUUAACAGGUGUUUACAAUUUUCAUGCACCAAGAAUGGUUGCAACUUUUACUGAUAGAAUGAGCCAAGAACCUAAAACCGAAUUUAACAAAACAGAUGACUAUGACGUGCCGUCACAGCCACACUCUUUCGGAAUCACUUCUCAAUACUCAUUAACAGGUUAAUUGGUCAUAUACAGCAAGAAAUAUAACUGUCUAUGCUCAGGUGCUCGCUAGUAAUAGGUCACAAACAGAUCAAAUCAUAAGUUAAAAAUAUAAAGUUACAUAGAGACAUAUGUAAAAACCUAAAGUUAGUUGGUAAUUUCAUAAAAUAUCAACAACCUUUAUGCUUUUUCUGCAUUCUUCAGAAUUAUCUUUGGCUUAAUUUAUUUUAAGGUAAUAAUUAUAAUUGGUUAUCUACACUGGAUAUAUAGAUAACUGUGGAGCUAAUUGCCUUUGAGUGACCCCAAAUAUGCGUUUUUGCUUGCUCUUGCUUUAGAUCAACUAAAUAUUAAAUUAUCAAAAUUUUGGUUUGGAAUGAGAGAAACUGCCAUUGUAUUUGCUUGGCAAAACUAGCACAAAUCUCACUGUUUUAAUUGUGUGGAAGAUGUAAUUUACGUGUAACUCGCCCACUUUGUACAUAAAGAAAUUACUAAUAUUUUGACAAGACUAAUAUUUUUAUAUUGUAGUAAUAUGUGAACUGUAUAAUUAAAACCCAAAUAGUUAAAUUGACUGACUUAAAAAAAAUUAUGCAAAAAUGUUGCACUUUUGGGUGAUUUAUUAUUGAUUGAAACACAAUUGAGAAGUUUGAUUCAGACUACACUAACAAUCAAUUAUUUGUUGUGUACAAAGUUUUACUGAACUGUACCAAACUGAAAUUUUGUAUAUUAUAAAUCUUUAAUAUAUAUUCCUAUGUACUACUUUUUCAAACAUUAACAAUCUGUAGUUACAAGUGAAGAUUUAUAGAUUUGAAUACAUGACGUUAUAAUUAGUAGAUGUGUAAUAGUAGUUUUAUAUCAUUACAUGUUUUGAAUGGAGUAGUGAUUGAAUUCGCAACAGUGUUAGGAAUUAUUGCAAAGUUGCCAAUGUUCACUUCAAAAUUGACAUAGCCUGCUGGCUGAGGUUACGUUUAGAUUGUUAAUAUUAUUAUUUAAUGUGUUUACACUGAAUUAUCUGUUUCAAACUCAUUAAAAGAUAUUUUAACAAAGACAAAAAGACAAAUCAAUGUGUGUCUUACAUACACUAUGAUAGCAUCUACAAAAUCGGUUCACAUUACAAAUUUUUAGCAAUGGUUUUUUUUCCUCAAAAUUAGCCAACUUUUGAUACAAAUUGUCCAAAAAUUGCUAUAUAUAAUAAUUUUUAAACAUUUACUAAAUUUGUUUAAGAAAUAAAGAAUUUUUGAAAAAAGUAUUUGUCAGAAAUUAGAAAAUUAGUUGUUUUUUAUACAGCAAAAUAUUGAUAUUUUAUUUUAUUUCAUUUUCUGCAAAUAAAAAUGUUUAAACAGUCAUCUGAGUAUAUCUAUUAGUUCUGAAGAUAAAAUUGUCUAAUAGAUCAUUACAAUUUUGAAUAAAGCUGAUAAGUUUUUUUUUCAUGGGCAGUCUGAUAGCCGGUAACCUUAAAAGGGUAUUAAAUAUUUAAUAGGUUAAAAAUGUUUGAAGUGUAUUAGUUUUAAAUAUGUUAAAGCACAUUAUGUUAAUUUGUAAAACAUUUCUUGUAAUGAAAUUAUCAAUUUUCUCUUGUAUUUAGUAAAAGAAAUAAAGUUUUUAUUGUUGUGAUCUUGAAA